GUGUCAUAUGCUGCAUCCACGCUAUCUUCAUUCAUCAGAAAAGUACACAUUGGUCCCUGGCUUCUUAUUGACGGUCAGCGUAAAGAUAUCAGGCCUGGAGUAGCUCCCAACAGCAUCAAAAUCCAUCCGGGCCUCCACCAGAUCGCCUCUGUUCAAUUCUCCAUAAACGAUGGCUUCCUGAUCCCACACAGGCUCCGCAAUAAAAGUGCCCAAAGGCCCGACGAUGCAUGAACCGCCAUGACUGAGAAUUGCUUCAGGAGUCCAAGCUGAACCGUCAGGCUGUCUAUCAUGGUGACUAGCUGUGAAAGGCGGGUAGUCCGAAGGAAAGUCGUCAACCCUUGUGAACUGGUUCACCGAGACGACAAAACACCGCCCUUCCUUUGCAAUGUGUUGCAUCGAGGCAACCCAAGCCGGAAGAUCGUCUGCAUUCGGCGCGAUGUACACCUCGAUUCCUUGCUGGUACAGCGCCAGUCUGGCAGCGGGCAUAUAAUUCUCCCAGCAAAUCAGUCCACCGACACGCCCAAUAUCCGUAUCUACAACUUGAAGUCCAUCGCCUGCUCCACGGCCCCAUACUAGCCUUUCAGCAGCCUGUGUUUGUCCAAGUCAGCACGCAAUAUGCUCAUAACGGCGGCUCUCAAAUGAUAACGUACAGUGGGAAUUAGCUUUCGAUGGGCGUACAACAACUCUCCUUUUCUCGAAAGCAAUAUCGCCGUACAGUAUAAUGUGUCUCUCUCCUUCUCGAUUAUCCCGAUGGAUAGCAAUACAUCAUGUUCCCUGGCAAUGGAACACAGAUGGUCGAACUCAGGCGAAGGAAUCGCAACUGCUGACUGGUGGUAUCUCGCAUACCACUGACGGCCUCGGAGCUCGCGUGCACCGAUUGUCGCGUCGAAAGCGUAACGCCAGGGAUAAGCACUGAGGAACCCCUCGGGAAAGACAACCAGGUCAGCGCCGGCUUUAGAUGCUGUUUUUGUGAACUGUUCAAGCUUUCGGAUAGAAGCCUCUAGUUCGAAAGCGACUGGCGCAGCUUGUACAGCAGCAACCUUGAAUCUCAGAGAGGGAGACAACAUGUCAGCAGGAAUUACGCCUCUUCUUCCCACAAGAGUCGCCCAUGGCAGAGAUCAUGAUGUUUUUGAGUCUGAAAUCUCUGUCAGAAGUCUCUGUCAGAAGUUUUACGACCGCCACGGGCAACACUCAUAUCAGUCCCCUUCCGGCAACUGUCACGACGAAGAGUUUCUUUCUAAGGUUCUGGUCCGCGGCGAUCGAUAGUUAUCCUCCUAUCUGGGAUCAUGUGUAAGCAAACCCCGAAAACCAAACACCGGACAACGAAUACGCUGAUCGGCAGAACACAUAACCGGAUACACUCUAUGUGGGUCUCUCGUGGUGUUGAAACCAGUAUAGCGAUAUGAUAUACUGUUGCGGAUGUCAGUGUCAACUUCACACGGCAUGAGAAUUUACAAGAACAAAAUGGCUAUUGAUCUCGAAGCUCGGCCGCAGAACAAUCAUUAUGCAAGUCUUGUGCGGAACCUCAAAGUUGCGGUCGUCUCAAAUUUCACGCUCGAAUCUGGUUGCCAGCUCUCUCAAGUGCCAGUGGCUUACAGCACGUGGGGUGCACUGAACGAGGAUGCAAGCAACGUCUUGGUUGUAUGCCAUGCUCUUACUGGAAGCUCAGAUAUCCAAGACUGGUGGCCGUCACUGCUUGGGCCCAAGAAGGCGUUGGAUCCAACCCGCUUCUUCAUAAUUUGCUUCAACCUACUCGGAUCGCCCUACGGAUCCGCAUCUCCACUGACCCUGGACCCGCUGACUGGGGAUCCCUAUGGACCUACGUUCCCGGAGACGACGCUCAGGGACGAUGUGAAGAUACAAAAACUGGUCCUCGACGCGCUCGGCGUUCGUCAGGUGGCUGCGGUUGUUGGUGGUUCGAUGGGAGGACAAUUAACUCUGGAGUGGCCCUUGUGCACGCCGCCGGGUUAUGUGAAAACAAUCAUCCCCAUUUCGACCUCGGCCUAUCAGAGCGCCUGGGGAAUAUCAUGGAAUGAAUCUCUGAUCCGGUGCAUCCAAGCAGAUGCACAGUUCCACGGCGGCAAUUACGGACCUGUGCCGGAACGCCAGCCUAUUCAAGGGUUAGGUGCAGCAAGAAUGAUUGGAAUGCUCACAUAUCGGUCAUGCACGUCUUUCGAGGCCCGAUUUGGCCGACGCAGAGUUGAUUCGAAGAUAUCAACAAACCAAGCAACAGUCUCCAGGCAAUCACUGCCUAGUCCACCUGCAUCAGAUGCAGGUGACGAUCUCUCCGAAGCCGUAGAGCUGAAGAAGUCAACUGGCCAUACGGCAGCGCGUCCUUUGUACACUGUGCAAAGCUACCUUCAUUACCAAGCCGACAAGUUUCUGAAGCGAUUCGACGCCAACUGCUACAUCCACCUCCUUCGAAAGAUGGAUGCACAUGACAUUACGCGCGAUCGAACAGAUAUGGCACUACUACCGACUCAGGCGCAUCCCGACUUCAGUAGCCUUGCCCAUAUCCUGGGCAGUUGUACAACACCCGCUCUUAUUGUCAGUAUAGAUUCUGAUAUAUUGUUUCCUCCUGAGCAGCAAGAUCUUCUGGCAACCUACCUCCCGGACGCUCAGCUCGUUAAGCUCCAGUCCUCUGACGGGCAUGAUGGCUUCCUGCUAGAGUUGGCAGCUACGGACCAGAUGAUUAGAUCGUUUCUUCAGCAGCAUAACCCUGCUGCAUUCGCUGCGGCUCCUUCUGACAGCACCGAAGGAGCGGCCUCAGCGGACGUUGGCCUCGACAGCAUCUUCGGCGAAGUUGACUCGCAUUUCCAAUAGAUAUAUAAUCACUCCAGAUGUUGACAGCGGAUAUUUUGAUACUUGAGAUACCAACUAGCAGGCCCUUGUUUUAUGACGGCGUGAGGCGCAUUUCAAUCGGACCCUUUCCCAGAUCAAGAGUGCUUGAAGGCUGGGAAGGCGCACACUGCAGCCACUUAUUCU